GUGGCUUAGGAGGCUGGUUUCAGAGGCCAGUGCUUACAUCAGGUGACAGGUGAUUUUUAUGCUGUUUUGCUGCUGAUUGUCAUAAGGAAAUUGCUUUCUCCUCCAGCGAAACUCACACCCACGAGGGAGGAGAUAGCGGGAUCCCAGGCGGAAGCAUUGGCCGCUCUCCUACCUGAAUGGCUGCUAAAAAUAGGACUUAGUCAGCCACCAGCCAUGGGUAUAAAAAGGCACCCCCGAGGAGAGCCUGACGACCCUUAGUGCCCGUGGCCGAGGAGCUUGUCUUGACCUAUGUCCAGAGGGGCAGAAACACUGAUGGAAAGCAGCAUGCAGGCUCUGGCUGCGGAGAAGCCUCGCUGGGAUGUGGCAAGGCAGCCGGCAGGCAAGAUCCUCUCACUGGACAGGCAAGGGGCCAAGAAGGUGCUGGAGAUCUACGUCAAGCGCUCCCUGAGCUGCCGUGAGAACCCAAAGAAACCACUGCAGGCGAGAGGUGGCGGGCGCGGGAGGAAGGCAGGUGAGCUACAGCGGUCAAAGAGCGACUUCUGCAAGUAUUCAUGUGCCAGACACAGCCCCAGGAAGGAGCAGGAGGAUGGACCCAAAGCACUGGACCUGGAUGAGGCAUUGGAUGAUGACAGCGAAGCUCCUGGGGAGGUCUCUAAAGAGGAGCUGGAGCCCAAGAGGAAAAGCACAAAAACCUCUUCCCAAGGCAAAACCCAACGCACCUGGUUCAAAACUGUCUUAAAUUUCCUCUUCAAGAAGAGCCCCGAGGACCAGAAGGAAAACAUGGGGCAAAAAGCAAAGGAGAAAGAUGCCAAAGCUCCUCACACCUCCAAAUCAGAAGGGGUGAAAAGAGCCACAGGGCACUCCAGCACGUCCCCGUCGCCAGGCAGAGCCUCCAAGAGGAGAGCCAGCCUCAAGAAGGUUUUCUCCUUCAAGAAGCACACGGAGGAGGAGAAGGGAGAGACAGCAGCAGGGGCAAGGGCCAAGAGACCCAGCUGCCUUCCCCUGCGGCACGUCCAGGCUCCGGCCACAGCAGCAGAUGAGGAGCAGCCUGAUGGUUACUAUGCACGAGUCUCAGAUGAGAUAGGGCUGAUCGUGCAGGGCAGUGAGAGCCAGGGGAGCAGAGCACGUGGAUGUGAGGAGCCAUCACGGCCGGCCAGCGCCGAUGGGGUCGAUGCAGCCAUCUGGAGAAUCGUGGCCCUGCUCCGGAGUGCAGGAGAUGAGCUGGACAGGCAGGUGAAGGAAGACGCGCGGCUACGGACGUUCUUCAGAGACAUGUCCUACAGCUCCUUCAAGAACCUGGCCGAUGUCUACGUCCAUAAGGAAAUGACGACCAGCAGAUCCGAUGUCAACCCCCAAGAGAUCCAGUUUGCCUUCACAGUGCACCUCACCGCCAAGGUGGCGGGCAUCUGCAACCAGGCAGUGAACAGGAUCAUGGGCUUUGGCACCCGCUACCUGGAGGAUUCCUUUGCACCCUUGUCCUACAGCAGAAUUCUCCAGAACAGAGAAGAGCUCAGCAGAGACGUCUGCGAGAGCCCGGACUGAUGUGGGCUGCUCCGGAGAGCCGGUGGUGCCUGGGAAGGAUGUGGAGUUACCGAGGGAGGUCACUGCAUCCUGCUGGUGACCUGGAUUUGGGGUGAUUUUCCAGAGCUGUGGAUUUAAAAGCUUCUAAGGAAAAGCCCAGCAAUAGCCACAGCAGUGUGAAAUGCUUAAACCUCACCUGGCUGGGGGCAGAGUGACUGUAAAUCAAGGAAAGCCCAAAUUGCACCCUGUAUUUGCAUUGCAGCUGUCACCAAGUGCGUGUGUUCAACCUCUUGGUUGGUUUGUGUCUGUUUAUGUGUAUUUAUUUGCCUGCUUUUCUAUAUGUACCUGGGAAUGUACAACAUAAUUUUUGUAGCUUCUGCUCUCAGCCCAGCUUCCAGUUCUGGAAAGAAACCCUAAAACUCCAAUAAAAUGAUCCCUGAAUGACA